CCCAAUAAUCCCAUCCACACUUGCACAACUCCCAGAGUUCGUCAGGAACAAAAAAAUCUCAGCGCCGUUUGCUUGCUUGCUUUGCCGCCUUCUGCUACUGCUAGUAGCUGUUGUCUGCGAGCGAAGCAUAGGAGAGUACUAGCUCUGGUCCAGGGGAAUCCAACAAGGAAAACUCGGCCGAGAAACAGAGCGCCGAGCGGGUAUAGGAGGAGGGAGAGAUGGGGCAGUGCAGAGCGGCGGCAGGAGGAGGAGACUGCCUGUUCAAGCUGUUCGGGAAGACCAUCCCUGUGCCGGCGGACUCCUCCGGAAGCGUCGUCGAUAAGGACCAACAGCACAGUGGCAGCAGCACGGCUGAACCAAAAGUACAGGAAAAUAUCCCUGGGGACUCCACAGGUUCACCUACACUGCCAGAGGUCGUGGACACCGACGACUCGUGUGCUGUCAAGAAGUCAUCAGCGGAUCAAGAAGAAGAACAGAGUGACACGGCCAACCAGAAGGAGAAGCUGAAGAAGCCUGACAAGAUCCUGCCCUGUCCUCGGUGUAACAGCAUGGACACCAAGUUCUGCUACUACAACAACUACAACAUCAACCAGCCACGCCACUUCUGCAAGAAAUGUCAGAGGUACUGGACGGCUGGUGGUGCCAUGCGCAAUGUCCCCGUGGGUGCAGGCCGCCGAAAGAGCAAGAGUAUAUCAGCUGCUUCCCACUUCCUUCAGAGGAUCAGGGCCACCCUGCCCGGUGAUCCUCUCUGCACCCCAAUUAAGACCAACGCCACGGUUCUCAGCUUUGGCUCCGACACAUCCACCUUAGAUCUCACAGAACAAAUGAAGCACCUAAAGGACAAGCUCAUUCCAGUAACCCAGAUCAAGAACACCGAUGACCCAUCAGUAGGGUCUUGUGCUGAAGGAUGGGCAAAAGGAGAAGAGCAGAACCAAAUGAACUCAAGGGAGGAAGUUACAGCAGAUAAAUCCACAAAUGUUGCGCAGCAUCCAUGCAUGAACGGGGGAACCAUGUGGCCAUUCAGCUGCGCACCUUCACCUGCCUAUUUCACCUCAAGUGUAGCAAUUCCGUUCUAUCCAGCUGCUGCUGCUGCUGCUUAUUGGGGCUACAUGGUUCCUGGAGCUUGGAACACUCCAUGGCCACCGCAGUCUCAAUCUCAAUCUAGCUCAUCACCUAAUGCUGCUUCUCCAGUAUCCACAAUGUCCAGUUGCUUCCAAUCACGAAAGCACCCUAGAGAUGGUGAUGAGGAAAGAGAUACCAAUAGGAAUGGCAAGGUGUGGGUGCCAAAGACGAUCCGGAUCGAUGACGCAGACGAGGUGGCCAGGAGUUCCAUCUGGUCACUGAUUGGGAUCAACGGCGACAAGGUUGGGACAGAUGAUGGCAGAGGGUGUAAGAUCACGAGGGUUUUUUAUCCAAAGGAUGAGGCAAAGACGACAACUCACAGAGUUAACAAUAGCCUCCCGUUCUUGAAGGGGAACCCAGCUGCACUGUCACGCUCAGUGACCUUCCAAGAGAGAUCUUGAGCACCAUCUAGAAAUUCUUCAUGCUGCCUUCUGCUUCUAUAAAGAACAUAUAGCAUGAUCGAGCUGAAAUUUUGUACAUUAGAGAAUUGUAAACUAGGUAAGGGGAAAUGGAGUGUACAACAAUACAACAUAGCUAUAACCUGACCCAGCAGCUGCACUAGGUAACUUGUAGAUAGCUAUUUGAGCUGGGGGAAUAUUCGGUCGGUAGUUCCCUUGUUUGUAGAUAAAUAUGAUAUAAUUACUGGAAUAUUUAGCCAAAAAUUUCUUUGUGCGACAGCAUCUACAAAAUAGGUAGCUGUGUAAAUCCAGUCUAUAAAAUCAGUCCACUGCAUCUUUGGAAAUAUGAUACUUUUGAGCACA